AGGACAGGCGGCACCAUAAGAGAGAGACUGUCUCUUAGCUUCUUCUCUGGACCCUGACUGACCUUUCUUGAUUGACACGCUCCUUAAGGCUUAAGGGCGCCGUUGUGCGUCUCGCUUGUCUGCAGCGCUUUGACGGCCUCUUCUACCUCUUCCGAUCGCGACUGUCCUUUGAAAUGACUCUCCCCAAAAACGAUUUUCAAUCAGGUGGCGGGAAGUCGAGACUCCAUUACCGGCCGUGGUCAUUGUCGGAUAUUGUGCAAAUUUUCAACGAACUGGUUGCACGUUACGAGAGAGACUUGUUGCUUUCUCUUCGGGAGACAAACCAUACACAAUGCCAAGAAAACGAGGAAGAUAACAUAGAGGCGAAAGCACGCCGCUUGGCCAUGUGUGAUCUGUCUAUUUCUUAUGCUCGAAGGAACAUAUGGCGUUCGCUGAGCGCUGUGGAGUCUCUUGGAAAGUCUGCGGAAGAGCGGCUACGGAACCCAAUUCCCAACCAGACAAGGAGGGAGUCUCUCUCGGAGAAGAUAACGAGCGGAUACUUCCGGCUGUAUUCGCCUCAGCUCUUUGACCUCCUGGGCCAACCGACGGAUUUGAAAUUUGGUACCCUGCGUUUCCACAAGGAUGAUCGCCUGUUAUCAGAUGCCAACGAAGAUGUGUUCACGUCAGCCUAUGUCGAGUUGGCUAUCAACUCCUCAUUCUUCGUAGGCGACUCGAACGAGAUGCUUCCUUAUCACUCUUUCAGUAUACCAGAUUGUCCGUCAUUGACAAACCGGGGUAUUCUCACCAGGAGACCGGAGGACGGGGGAUCCUUCCCUGGAUAUGAUUCCUGGGUGCUGUUCACAUUUCUCGCCGAGGAUUGCCUCAAGGUGGAGAUACCCGUUGAAAUGUGUGCCGAUGCAUAUCCUGGCUAUAGAGCUGCCCUUGGCGACAGAGAAAAUGAAGAGAUAGUGUUCUGGGGCCUCCUGAUGGAGGAUAACACUUGACGCUUGAAGAAUCCCUUCGUGAAACUACAUCGAGCGAUGCAUGUGCUCGGGCGUGGGUCAUAGAACCCUCGAUUACCGCACUGGGAAACAUUUCGAGCAGGACAAAAGAACUGCGGAGGAAUUUCGGUACUCUUCUAUGUCCAUUGCAACUCAUGCGCCGCUUAUAUAUUUUAUGUUGUUCUUAUCGUGGGGAUGAAGAUUGGAUUUGGCGUUGGUUGUUUUACUGCCCCGUCGGAAGCCGAAGGAAUUGGUUCGAUGGCCGUGUCUCCUUCAACAGGUCUGGGACAGAAGAUCAAGUUCCAGCAUCCAACUAUCAAGUGAGACGGAUGCCCGUAGACAAUUGUG